AUGUCUUCUUCUUCUUCUUCUUCUUUAACUACUACACAAUCAUUGCUAGAGUUGGUUGGAUUCAAAUCAUUGACUAGGUUUGACAAGACUGCGCUAUACGCAUUAUACGUUGGAUUGUUUGGUAGUAAGGUGAGACUGAGUAUUCCUCUAUGCAAGAAGCUUGCCACACCAACUGUACUCGGACAACUAUUGGAUAUGGCAAAACAUCAGAAUGUAGUAGAGAGUAGAUCUACCUUUUACCCAUUGACAGAGUAUCAAGCUGAUCGUGUAUUCAUCUAUACUCUAUCACGUAGUAUACAAGCUUGUCUAAUUGAAUUAAUUGGUCUAAUAUUACCUCAUUUCCAAGAUAUCAAUGAAAUACCAUUUAAAAAGAUUAUAAAGUAUGCUGGAAGAGGAGGAUACCCUGUUGAAAUCAUGGUUGCUAGUAAAUUGGCAGGACUUUUAUUGGAUCGUCCGAGCAAGGAGAUGGCACUGUUGGCCGUACAGAAUGGUGUACAUAGUUUGUUUCUAAAACAAUUGCGACAUGAUCAAAGAGGUGAAUUUUGGAAGUUAAAAGUAGCACUCUAUCGAAUGAUCAUUGUUCAUUUGGAGGGUGAAGAGAAUACUCGAAAAUACUUUACUGAUCCACAAGAUUUAAAAGAUGCACUCGUCAUACUAAACGACACUAACCAAAUCAGAAGACUAUACUAUCUCAAAGUACCACACCGUGUCAUGGGUGCUCAAAGUCACAACAAUUUCAGAGAGAUGGUGUUUGGAUCAUUGUACGGAUUAUUUAGUGGAUUCAUAUAUGGUAUAUUAAGGAAAAAGUUUGAUUACAACAAUAAUAAUAAUAUUAAUAAUAAUAGUAGUAAUCAUUCAAAUUCAAAUUCAAAUUCAACAAUGUCAGCAUUACAGUAUGGAUUAAUAUUGGGAAUGAGUUGGAUGGCAUUAAGAUCGAUUAGAUUUAUAUCAGUACUGCAUUUUAGUUUGAUGAGGCGUAUCUACACAACGAGAUAUCUUAGACUGCUCGAUGUACUCGUUCUAGACUACCCAAUGUAUGUCACCAAAUACAUGUUUAUCAAGAAUUAUCCUAUUGUCGAAUCACUCUACACACUCUUGAUUGUAGGGUUAGGUCUCAUACGACAAAAACAAAAUCAUUCAAUGUAUAAUAUUUAUUUAGAGUCGCAGUACUACCAAUCAUAUCGAUCAAAAUCAACAUUAAAAGAUUAUAAAAAGCCAGAUAAUAAUCAUAUUGACCUAGAUAUCAAUAUUUAA